AUGAGACAGAUGGUUGAAUGUGAAAGUAUCACUGAAUUGGAUAUGCCAUCUUGCUUUGAAUGCGGAUAUAAUUUGCAUGCGGAAAAAAAUAAACCGCAGUUUAUUGGUGCUAUAAAUGCAGGUAGUCCAACCGAUCGGAGUAGUUUGCGACAAGGCGAUGGAGUUUUUAUCGUCAACGGACAUUGUGUCGUUGGCGAAGACACAAUACGGUAA